AUGCCAGAAAAUGUGCCUGAUAUGAUGUUUAUGAUUGCUGAAUCUGUGGAAAACAAUGCAAAUCAUCGGUUGAGCUUAAGAGCUAUAUCUGCUUUCCUUGGCGCCAGCUUUUUCACCCUGUUCUGUCCCAUUCUUUCUCUUCAUCUUUCCUUUCUUGUCUCUUCUUUUCCUUGCUUUCCUUUGUCCUUCUCUUCACCUCUUUUCUUUGCCCUCCUCUUCACCCCUCUUCUUUGCCCUCCUCUUCACCCCUCUUCUUUGCCCUCCUCUUCACCCCUCUUCUUUGCCCUCCUCUUCACCUCUUUCCUUUGCCCUCCUCUUCACCACUCUUCUUUGCCCUCCUCUUCACCUCUUUCCUUUGCCCUCCUCUUCACAUCCUUUUCUACAUCUCCUCUUAAUAUCUUUUUUCUAGCCUUCACCUCCUCAGCUCUCCCUUCUUUUCCUCACUGUUUUCUCUUUUCCCUUUUCUUCUCCCAUCUCCUCUUCCUCCUCACAUUCUAUCCUUCUUUUACUUCUCCUUUUCUACUUCUCCUUAAAUCCCUUUCUUCUACUUCAUUAAAUGGAUUAAACUUCCUUCUCCUCAUUCACUUUAAAUUUUCAACAUUCCUUAUUUAA